GCUGCUCCAUGAUUUAGAUGAGCUGGCAGCUGUGUGAUCUCUGCCAUCACCUGACUUGCAUUAACACUACCAUUAGCACAGAAAGGAUAAACAGACUAGAGGAAGCAUUGUUCCUCUUUCAUCAUUAACCACUGCAAUCAGAUUUUUUUCUUUUUUUUCUUUUAAUUAGGAGAGUUGCUCAUGGUGUCACUGAUCUUUUAGCUCAGCAGAAUAUGUAAGCUUUAUGUACCUUGCCAAAUUAACUGAAAUGUGGAGUUCCCCUCAAAUUAACAAAAAGCAGAAAGUUGGAAUAUCUAUUGCAUUGUUUGAUUCAAGCUGUGCUUCAGAGUAACAAUGUAUCCUUGGUGGCAGAGUCUUCUUUUCUUCUGUGCUAUCACAUGCUCCAUUGCCCAAAGAGAGGGAUCUCUCUCCAAUGAUUCACUGAACGCGCAAACAAUUGAGGAUGAUUCUUUUUUAAAAAUAAUAUUCAGAUCAUUGAAGUCCCCUGAUGUGCAGCAUCCCGUCAGUGAAAUACCCAUCCGGAAGUCUCGGGUAAUAUCAGAUUUGAUGAAGAGGUACCCGGUUUCUGGACAGUAUGGAAAUUUACCAAGGUCUCAAAAGUGGUACAGUAGGAGACUCUUUAAGAGAGCAGCAGAAAAUCCAGAUGCGUUUAUGACUGCGUUUAAAUCUGCUAUAAAGGAAGCUUUAAGAGAGCUUCUUGUGGAAAACGGAGCCCUUUCUCCUCAGUCUGACACGUCGGCUCUUUGGUCAAGAGUCAAUGAAAAUACUGGAAGUUUGUCAUCGGAUGCAGAAGUUAAGUUUUUAAGAAGUAUUGGUUUUCGCUCCAACGAUAUCCCUUCGGAUUCUGUGCAACCUUCCUUGAAAAAUUACACUUCUGUACCUGCUCAAGCUGCGCAAAUCUGGUCAACGAUGAGAUCCCCUUUCACUAGCAGCGAGGCUACAUCUGUGGACUCAAGUGAGCGAGUAUCAUUAAAGUCACAACCUGCAUUGCAAAUGCAACCUUCUGUAACCGCUUUGCCUGCUGGGAGAACUCUGAGUUAUUAUAGUAAUAGGACAAGUACUGAAAAGUCAAAGACCUACGCAGAAGUUACAACGGCAUCUGGUUCUAGUAAGGCAUUUAAUUUAAGACGACUUACCUCACGUUACAGUCGAAGUUCGGACAUACAAAAUCCCAUUACAAAAGACCCUUUUACUAUGGCGGCCGAUGUAGUAUUUGAAAACUCAACACUAAGUAACAUUCUGACCUCUAAUUUUAAAUCUGUUGAGAAAUUGGGAUCCGUUGUAUUGCCUAUUACAGAAAAAUCCUCAACUAGUUCUGGUUUGGUAAAUCUCAUAGUGACAACAGCUGAAGGCCAAUUUUCUCCUGAUGGGAAGACCUCGUCUCAUACUAAGCAUUUAAUACCACAAAAUGACCAUACAAUAAGUCCAAUUUUGGUUUCAGCUAGUCCAUACACAAAACAUUACUUGUCACGUAGCACUUUUAAGAUCCCAAGACCCUCUGUUUUGCCCAAGACUAGAGAAGCUUUUGCAACAUCUGUUUCCUUUGCCUCAAAAAAUACAUUUACAAAUUUUGAUCAAAUAACUAGCAUAAAAGAAAAGCUAAUCCCAGCUUUAAGGGUGAGGAGCACAUCUAUGACUGCUGCUAUGACUUCAAAAAUGCCAAUUAAAUCUGACCUUACUGUAACACAAAUAAGUUCUACAUAUAAAUCCACUAGUGCUGGAACAUCUGAAAAUACUAGCAAUGAGGGGGCGCUGGCAAACACUGCAGGAACACUGAUCUCAACCUUCUCCUCUCCAAAACAUUUCAGUUCUACAGAGAGAAACCCUGUAUCAACGGAAGCAGUUUCUUUUGAAAUGGAUUAUGAAAUGCUUUCCAGUGUUACUCCUUUACCCAUUAUGGCAAGGGAUCACAAAGCAUGUAUACUGAAAGUUCGCAAUACAACAAACACUGUGCAGACACCUCUUGCAGAACAGACUUCAUGUGAAAAUGAAAGCACUGUGUCUUCGGCCAGAAUAAGGACUUCUAUUAACCCCAAAAGUGAUGCCCCAUAUACUGGUUCACUUGCUUCAACAGAAUUGGCAAGUACUGUGGCUCUCUCCCAAUUUACAGACUCGUACUCUACUGACCAAAAAGAAAAUGCCAGUAUUGUACCCAUCAAUUACUUGGCGGGUACACAUUCCCCUAAGCCACCAAAAUUGGAUCCCACGGCAACUGUCUCUUUAUUUACAGAUACAUUUCCUGUGUCCCCUGAGUCGACAACCUUCCCCAACACGACAACUCUUUCCUUACCAGACUAUGAGGUCUUUCAAGAUGCUAUAAAUGGAAAUGUGAAUUCAAAUCAAACGACCCCUCUUGUGACCAAUACAAUGAGCUCUACAGUCUUGCCAUUUUGGUUCAGCAAGUCUUUAACAUCCGUAACAUCGUCAUGGAAAUCUACAAGCCCUUUCUUUCAAAGAGAAAGAUCUACAGCACUUCAGAUCACUCCACGAAGCCAAGCCAAUCUCGGCCCAACACGUGUGACCUCUACACUUUCCCGUUAUAGUACUUCCACUUCUGUCUUAAAUACAGCCUUUACGAUAUCCCAGUUAAGAAAUGGAACAACCGUGAAACAUUUGGGAUCUACUAAUACCUCUGGAGUAUUUACUUCAAAAAUGCCUGAAUCUAAAACUAAUAGCUAUAAUAUUUCUUCUAUGCCACCAAAAUCCAGUAUCCUUUAUUCCUCAACCUACGUCACUCCACAAAGCCAAGCCAUAUCCAGCACAACACGCAUGAGGUCUGCAGGCUCCCAGUCUCUUCUUUCCACAGCCAUGAAUCCACUCUUCACAGCAUCCCAAUCAAGAAACGAAACGACCACAGAUAUAAGCUCACUCUUCACAGUAUCCCAUUUAGGCAACAAAACAACCAAAACGCAUAUAAAUUCUACUAGUGCAACUUAUAAGACCUCUCAAACGUCUACUGCUAUAACAUGGAAUCGCCAAUCUGCUGUUGCCCCUUCAAAAUCUGCUACAUCUGACCUUCCCCAUUCAAAAUCUACAACUAGAGUCCUUCUUACAGAAAGACGCCUAACUGUAGCUAAACAUCAAAGCUAUAGUGUUCCUGCCACAACCUUGACAUCUGGUUUCUUCUCAACUCGUAUCCAUGGAAAUACAUCGGAGGCUCCUGCUUUUAAAAUUUGGAUACCCCAAUCCUCAGAUGGAAUACCUACAAAAUCUACCACUUCUUUCACUGCAAGCAAGGGCCUUCGAGAGAUCCAGACAACUUCUAACACCACGUUGUCCUCAAUUUCAGUUUUAGUUGCCUUGCCACUGACCUUCCAUCUCGCUGGUAUAUCAUACAGUGUGCAGCUUGGUGACCACACAACCGAUGAGUACAAGAGAUUAGAAAGAGAAGUAAUUCUUGUGCUGAACAAAGUUUUUGCUACCAAAUACCAACAAGAAUAUGUUCAAGCAGAAAUACUUGGGUUUUCGAAUGGCUCAGUUGUUGUUCAAAGUAAAAUUGCAUUUAAUAGCGGAUCAUCUGCCCCUAGCGCCUCUGACAUAGUAAGGACCGUUCUUACGGAUAACAUUGCAAUAAAGAAGAAUUAUUUUGGGUGGAACAUUAAUGCGUCUACUGUGCAGUGCAAUGGAUAUACCAUAAAGAAUUUGCAGCAAGAAUCUUUCUCCAUCAGUUUUGUUGUUCUCCAUUUUGGGUUCAUUGCCACUUCACAAAAUGAUCAAAAAAAGCAGAGUUACCUGGAGAGUUUACAAAAAGAGGUGCUGCUUGCUGUUAAUACAACAUUUCCAGUUACCAAGGUUUCAUUUUCACAAAUUCGGAAUCUCUAUGGAGAUCUUGAAGUCAGAGGGAUCUUGUAUCUGCAAUCUAGCAUGUUUACAAAUGUUCAGGAUCUUUUAUCCACCCUGCUGCCCCUUGCCAAUGUAUCUGUGGACCUUUCUUCAAUAAAUGUGGAUGGCAUGCAUAAGGAAUUAAAAGUUUAUCCUUUCAAUUUCCUCCUAACAAACAUGCCGUUUGCUAUAAAGUUGCUGGAUAUGGCCUCCAAUGAGUCUCAGAGGCUCAGCAAAGAUCUUUCAAACAUGAUCGAGUUGGCAUUGUAUGACAAAAGUCUCCUCCAGGUGGUGGUCCGGGAAUUCUCUAGUGGCUCUGUAGUGUGCAAAGGGGACCUGAUCUACCAGUUUCCAGCUCCUGGCAGUGGGGAAAUAUUACGACAAUUUAUUCGUGCUCUGACAUCUGAUGGCAUGUUGGGGUCAUCAACCUAUAAAGUGGAUUUCCAAUCUGUAACCAUUGGAGAUUCCACAUCAAGCCCUUAUGAUGAAUAUACAAACUUUCCUGGCUAUGCUGUGGCCAUAAUAGUGAUGUGUGGACUAACCAUCUUGCUUUUUCCCUUGCUGGUCUAUGUGUGUUACAAAACCCGAAUGCUUGGCCAUAGAAGGAAAGAAACCAUUCGUCAGCGGCAUGACCCAGAUCAGCAAAGUCAACGUCUUGAGAUGGAUAACCGUGCAUUCAGAGCAUCCAUAGAACUGCCCUAGUGGACACAUACUGGCAUUCUCGCAAUCAAGCAAAUUUAACUGGAACAGAGAAGCCAAAGAUGCUGGAACGGCGGUGAAACUCUCUGGAAAAAGCCUUGGAGAUGGAGCUGUACUUUUUACUUUGCCAGUAUGAGCUGGCUCUGAGUCUGCUAUACAUGUGGUUGGUGAUUCCUGCAUUUUAGAGGACAAAGGACUUUUGAUGUAACAUUUUAUUUUUAUUUUUUUGUCCAUAUUUUUCAACACUUUUCCUUCAGUCAAGAUAUUUCAUUGCUCAUAGCGCACCUUCCCGUUGUCUUUAUGCACUGUAUGUAAUGUAACAACGCCUUUUAGGAUGUAAAAGAAAAACAAACUCUUAGUAAAGGCUUCCUAGACACAAACUAAGAUAAAGCAGAGGAAAUGUUUUUUUGUUCUACGUGUUCCCUCUUAGGUGAGGGCUGGUCUACCUAAUGUCCCAUGAAGAACUGCAACACACCAUUGCUAUACAAGUUUUAUGAGCAGUUGUUUGGUAGAUAUAUACUUGUACUGUAUGUUAUGUUUAUGUAGCUAAAAACAGAAUCCUAUGACUGAUUUUGCAUCCUAUGGAAGGGUGACUAGCUUUGUUUUCAAUCAAACAAAAAAAAAAAAUUCUAAAAAUAAACCUUUUGUGUGAGAUGCAUCACGACUUAAUGGUUUGUAAGGUGGUGGGAAGAACAAUAUUUUUUUAAUGGUUUUAUGAAUAAACUGAAUGCGCUUAUUUUAAUCCAUUUUGAAAUUAAAUAAAGACUAAAAAAAGUG